GACAUUUCUCGUAAGACCAUGUCUCUCCGAUUUUCUAGCAGAUCCAAGCAUAUUUGCUUACGACCUGGAACUGGGUCUGUCAGACCACCCAGUGGAGGUGCUGCUGGAAGUGGUUUUGCCUGUGCCUUGGGAGGGGGCUUGGGCAGUGUUCCUGGUGGGAGCCAUGUUGCUGGUGCCCUUGGAAAUGCUGCUUGUGUUGGCUUUGCUGGAAAUGAAGGCAGACUCCUCUCUGGGAAUGAAAAGGUGACCAUGCAGAAUCUUAAUGACCGCCUGGCAUCCUACCUGGAUAACGUGAGGGCUCUAGAGGAGGCCAAUGCUGAACUAGAGAGAAAAAUCAAGGGUUGGUAUGAAAAAUAUGGUCCUGGAUCUUGCCAUGGACUUGAUCAUGACUAUAGCCGAUACCACCUAACCAUUGAGGAUCUUAAGAAUAAGAUUAUCUCUUCCACUACGGCUAACGCUAACGUCCUUCUGCAGAUUGACAAUGCCAGACUGGCUGCUGAUGAUUUCCGGCUGAAGUAUGAAAACGAGCUCAGCCUUCACCAAACCGUCGAUGCAGACAUCAACGGGCUCCGGCGAGUCCUGGAUGAGCUGACGCUCUGCCGGACCGACCAGGAGCUGCAGUUCGAGUCCCUGAGUGAGGAGAUGACAUAUCUCAAGAACAGCCAUGAGGAGGAAGUGAAGGCUCUGCAGUGCGCCGCUGGAGGCAACGUGAACGUGGAGAUGAAUGCGGCCCCGGGGGUGGACCUCACCAUCCUGCUGAACAACAUGCGAGCUGAGUAUGAAGACCUUGCAGAGCAGAACCGCAGAGAUGCUGGGGCCUGGUUCAACGAAAAGAGUGCCAUUCUGCAGCAGCAGAUCUCGGAUGAUGCUGGCGCAGCCACCUCUGCCAGGAAUGAGCUGAUAGAAAUGAAUCGCAGCCUGCAGACCCUGGAGAUCCAGCUGCAGUCCCUCCUGGCAACGAAACACUCCCUGGAGUGCUCCUUGACCGAGACAGAAGGCAACUACUGUGCACAGCUAGCACAGAUCCAGGCUCAGAUCGGGGCCCUGGAAGAACAGCUGCAUCAGGUCAGAACCAAGACGGAGGGUCAGAAACUCGAGUACGAGCAGCUGCUUGACGUCAAGGUCCAUCUGGAGAAGGAGAUCGAGACCUACUGCCGCCUGAUAGAUGGAGAUGGAAAUUCAUGUUCCAAAUCAAAGGGCUUUGGAUCAGGAAACUCAGGGGAUGCAUCUAAAGAUUUAUCCAAAACCACACUGGUAAGGAUGGUGGUUGAAGAGAUAGAUCAACGUGGCAAAGUUCUUUCAUCGAGGGUUCAAUCUAUUGAAGAAAUGACAUCCAAAAUGACCAAUGGCAAGAAAGAACAAAGGAUUCUGUUCUAG